AUGAUGAGACCUAAUGUUGCUGCUACCGUCUCUUGUGCUGCUGCAGCGAGCUGUGGCACGAUUUCUGCUACAUGCCUUCUUCUGCUGCUGCUGUUGCUGCUGUUGCUGCUGCAGGCUGCUGUCUUCGGUCCUUCUGGGUCUGAUGGCCCCUUGGGAUCGCAUCAUGGAGGGCCAUACCUUGUGGGGUUUUCCCGCACUGCAGCGCAAGAGCGGGCGUUUCAGAAGCAGCUGCAGCAGCAGAAGCAGCAGGACCCGCAGCAGCAGCAGGAGCAGGAGCAGCAGCAGCAGCAGCAGCAGGAAGACUGGCUGAGCACGGAUAUGGGAGCGUCUGUGGUAGUGUUUGACGAGGCCCACAACAUCGACAACGUCUGCAUCGAGGCGCUGUCUGUACACCUCAAUAAAAAUACCCUGGACCAGGCCCUUCGCAAUCUAACAGAACUAAGCGAGGAUAUCAAAAGGCGCAAAGCACAGGACUCGGAGAGGCUGCGUGCUGAGUACCACCAGCUGCUGCAGGGCAUGCAGCUGCAGCAGCAAAGGCGACGAGAGCAGCUACAGCAGCAGUCACAGCCAUCGGAGCAGCAGCAGCAGCAGUCGCAGCCAACGCAGCAGGUUGUGGUAACAGCUGAGACAUUUCAGGCCCUUGCAAAUCCAGUUUUGCCUUCAGACGUCGUUGAAGAGGCCACUCCUGGAAGCAUCAGAAGGGCGGAACACUUCGUGGCGCUGAUGAGGCGUGUGAUUGCCUUUCUAAAGAUCUAUAUCAAGGUUUACGACUUGAAGAGCGAAGGGCCAUUAUCGUUUUUGUUUAAUUUUGAGCGAGAGUCGCUAGUUGAGGGGACAGUCUUGAAGCACUUCCAUUCGAGGCUGAAGGCGUUGCUGCUGGCCCUUCAGGUCACGGAUUUAGAAAAGUUACUGCCUUUGACUCUUGUCGCGGAUUUCUGCACUCUUGUGGGCACCUACUGGGAUGGGUUUAUAGUGAUCGUAGACCCUUACCCUGAGGCCUCGGGGCUGCACGACCCGCUGCUGCAGUUGUGCUGUUUAGAUGCCUCGCUGGCAAUGCAGCCGGUAUUGAAGCGGUUUAAAUCUGUUAUUCUUACAUCCGGCACAAUCUCCCCUCUCGAGCUCUAUCCAAAGAUCCUCGCAUUCGUUGUGCCGUUGACGUCGAAGUUUGAAUACCGUCACGAUGUCAGCGUGCUGCGAAAUUAUGCAAAUCUGCUGCUCGAUUUAUGCAAGUACGAAAACGGGUUUUUGGCUCAAGUGCUGGAGCACAAGUUGGUGUUCCUCGAAACCAAAGACGUCGUCACCACAACCCUUGCCCUCUACAACUUUAAGAAGGCAUGCGACUGUGGUAGAGGGGCGGUUUUCUUCUCAGUUGCAAGGGGCAAGGUUGCGGAAGGCGUCGACUUUGACCGCCACUUCGGGCGGUGCGUGGUGUUGUUUGGCAUUCCUUUUCAAUACGCCCUGUCGAGGGUUUUGAAGGCCAGGCUGGACUUCCUAAGGGAAAGGUAUCAAAUUCAAGAAAGUGAAUUCCUAACCUUCGAUGCAAUGCGCCAGGCUGCACAGUGCGUGGGCAGGGUGAUUCGGUCUAAGAGAGACUUCGCUUUAAUGGUUUUUGCGGAUGCGCGUUUCUCCCGCCCCGACAAACGAAAUAAAUUGCCCCCCUGGAUUACUCGCUACUUAGAUCAAGCAAACCUCGCACUCAACACCGAGACAGCUGUGUCUGUAUGUCGUUCUUUCUUACGUUCUAUAUCGCAGCCUGCUGCUGCUUCUGCUGCUCUUCGUCUGGACGCUGCAGCACUGCAGGAUUGCCAGCGCUGUUGGCUGCAGGUGUCACGGACUUUAUCUCUAGACCCUCAGAUGUGUGCAUUGGCUCCGCUGCAGCAGAAGCAGCUGCAGCUUAAACAGCAGCAGCAGCAGCAACAGCAACAGCAACAGCAACAGCAGCAACACCAGCAGCAGCAGCAGCAACAGCGCCAGGAACAACAACAGCAGCAGCAGCAACAGCUCAAACGGAAACGCAGCAUUGAUGCGGGGACGGAAGCAACGCAAAAGGCGAACGCUGCAAUCAACACAGCUUCUGCUGCUGCUGCUACUCCUGCUGCUAAGGCAACGAAUGCUAUUCCUGCCACUGUUGCGGGUAAAGAUGGAAACACAGCAGCAGCAGCAGCACCAACAGCAUCAUCAACGACACCCGCAACAGCAGCACCUCCCACAGCCUCACAUUCUGGCAAUGGCCAUGGAGCAGCAGCAUCCGCUGCACCUGCUGCUGCGGCAGACGCUGCUGCUGCUACUGCAGCAGGACUCCAGCAAGGAACUGCAUCGUAA